AUGCCUGCCGAAUACAUUGAAACCGAGUGCUACGUGCAAUCAGAUUGGCAAAAAGCUUUAAAGUAAGUUAUUUUAAUUUCAUCUUUUAUUUUUAGGUUGAUUUGAUAGUAAUAAAGUCUUUUCGUUGAAGUGUAAAAUACGACAUCUUUAAGUUUGCACACAAAAUAAGAGUUCUAAAACAGUAAGGUUUGGAAGAACGUAUAUUCUAGCAUAAAAUACAAGAUAAAAAGUAUUUUUAAUGAUUUUACAGUUUAAAUUAUGUUUUAGAGAGAAUGCACCUGAUUCAAAGGUGUUUUUCGAGUUGAUUGAAGGCGAAAAGAAGAAGAAUAUAGAAUUAGAUGUAGCCAAACUUCAAGAAGAAUAUUCCGGAGAAGAAAUUGAAGUUCAGAAGAUUCGGAACGAUCUUCUGAAUGUGAAAAUACCUCAAUGGGAAGGGGAUUUCGUUGUUUUGGCCCCUAGAUUUGGUAUGUUUGACAGUUAAAUUUUUGAUUUUUUGUGUGAAUAAUGUUUUUUAAGACAUACGUGUGCAUCUAAAAGGAAUUUGUUUAGAAUUUGAGCAAAAAGUACCUCAACAGUUUGUGGACAUAUCAGAAUCUGGAAAUUUGGGUAUUUCUCCGUCUUCUGAUGGCAAUGUCAACGUUUGGAACACGGAUGACAACUCAACUUUGAGAGAGCUGAAGGGACAUGCUUUGGACGUGGAAGUGGCCAGGUUCUUUCCAUCAGGAAUGGUGGUGUUAAGUGGUGGUAUGGACAUGACUCUCAGGAUUUGGGAUGUCAAAACUGGAGAUUGUGUUCGUACGAUGACUGGGCAUACUAGACGUACGUUGAUUAUUAUUGGCAUUGUUUUGUAUUUUUAAGAUUGUGUUUUUAUGAAUUUUUUGAUUUAUCGACAAUACUUUUAUUGGCGCUAGGACAAAUGCGAUUUUUGGACAUUUGCGGACCUGCGGUUUUUAGACACUUGCGGAUGUUCGGUUUUUGGACACUUGCGGAUUUUUUAAAGGUUUUUUUUAUUUUUUAGUUAAUUUAGUUGUAUUAUGGUACUAAAUUGUACUAAAGUUCGAAUUGGUACGGUUUUAACAUAACAGUACCUUUUUGGGCUUUUAGUACUAUUUAGUACCAAAAAAUAUAAAAACAGUACCGAUUAAAAAUUUAGUACUAUUUAACAUUAAGAAAUAUUAAGACAGUGCCAAUUUAAACUUUAGUACCAUUUAGUACCAUACUACAACUAAAUUAAAUAAAAAAUUAAAAAAACCCCUUUAAAAAAUCCGCAAAUGUCCAAAAUCCGCAAGUGUCCAAAAACCGAAGAUCCGCAAGUGUCUAAAAACCGCAGAUCCGCAAAUGUCCAAAAACCGCAUUUGUCCUAGCGCCCUUUUAUUAUAGUAUGAUAAUUGAUUAAACAAUAUUGUUUUAGGUGUAACAGGAUUAGAUUUUAUUGAAAAAGGUGCUGAAGUCGUAUCUAUUGGAGCUGAUGGGUUUGUUCACAAAUGGCUGUGUUCAAGUGGUAAAAGUCUUAAAAGUUACAGUAUCCCUGACUGUGAAUUGACAAGCAUUUCGUGGCAUGAAAAGGACAAAACCUUGUUAGUGGCUUCAAAUAAAGGACAUUUGAAGCUCCUUUCUACCGAUUUGGAAGAAAAGGUAUUUUAAUUAUGAAAAAGAAAUAAUGUUUGAGCAUAACUAUGACAAAUAAUGAAAAAGGUCAAUGGAUUUGUAAUAUGAAGGAAUUAAAAUGUCAAUUUAGAUGUCAAUCGACUACGAACAUGCUAUAUCAGCUGCCGUUUCGGAUAAUGAAUUGAUUUUCGCUGGCUUGUACGAUGGUUUGAUAGUACAGUUUGAGUUAGAUACGAAGUAAGUACUAGAAAUAAAUUGCUUUUAACUGUAAAUUUUUUAACUUGCUUAAUAAAAUUUUCAUUUUAGGAAAGUACGAUCAAUUUACCGCACAAAUCGAGGCCAAGUUCACAGGAUGGUCAUGAUCGGAGAAGGACUAGUUGUUUCAUUUGGUAUGUUACGGUUUUAAUAUUACAAUUUAUAGUAGGUUGUUUAAGUAAUUCUGUGUUUCCUCUCAAAGAAAGUUUGUGGGUGACGGGGCACAGAAUUAUAUAAAAAAAACAAACCAAUAGGUAUCUAUUCUUUGUACAGUAUAAUAUCCAGACGAAGAUCUGACAGUAGUAUAUAUAAAAUUACUUUUUCAGCCAACGGAUCAGUUGUCUUCUACCGAAAUGACUGGGACAAAUUAGCAGUGGUGUGUAUGGCAACUGGGGCAGAUCUUCAAUCUGUGUAUGACUUUAAGAUAGCUGAUGGUGGUGAUUACUUAUAUACGGCUGGAAAAGACCACUAUGUUCGAAAGUACAAUGUGCCUGACUUUUAG